AUGCAUAUCAGCCUUGAUAAUAUCAGCUUCUACCAUCAACCCCCUCCUGCGAAAUCUCCUCCAUGUGCCUUCCCUGUUUCCUGUUGGAAGCCGUACCAGGCUCCUCCAACUCCACAAUCCCUUUCACAUCUCCCGCCCAGGCCACCUGCCCCUAGCACAACGACCAUCCCAGCUUCCGGUGGUAGACCAGAUGCUGCCCCGCAAUUUCGGGUUCCUGCGAGGGAAGAUUACGAUUUGCCUGCAGUUCACAAUGAAUUUGAUAUCGAAAUCGAGAGGAUAGCUAUGGCGGAAAACAGCCGGGUUAUGCGUGAGGCAGAUCUCGAGAUGCACCUCGACCGUGAGCUCCAAAAAGGAAAUGUUAUAGAUGUACCUCAAAGUCAGCGCAUAUCUUUGACUACUGUGACCUCAAAGCCGGCACUAAUACAGACGAGCGCCAGCGACAGUGAUGAAAACGUGUCUGAAACUGCCGUCGAACAGCAUAUUUUGCAAGAGCAGCCGGACCAAUGGGUAUGCCCUUCGGUGGAGGCUGUCCGUGAUUUAAGUCCAACCUUCACACCAGCGGGAGUAGAGCCGGAAUUUUCAAGUAGGCACGGCCGACAUCUCUCUCCAGGAAUCAAUGCUGCUUGCGCGUGUACCUCUCCGUCACCUUCACCAGGCUUGCUGGAUAACGUGCCGCACCCCCGAAGUGGACUUUGCGCUGAAACCAUUCAGUACAAUGAAACCAUUGUUGAGAACGCCAGGACUGAGCUAGCAAGCCGUGGAGAUCAGGCGGGAGACCUGGGGGAACGAGCUGCCACUAUGCAGAGCAUCCAGAACAACAGCCCCUUCGUUAGGGAGGCUAGUCCAGACAAUUGCGAGAAAGGCCAAGCACCUGCACUCUCUCACUCCAUUCAGCAAAACCGCCCUAUUAGACACUCAAAAAUACCCCCGACGCACACACGUUCCCUCCGCCCUCGACGAAAUGCAAAGUCCACCAGGCUAGAACAACUGCCUUCCGUUUCUAAGGUCAUUCCAGUCCGUCGAUCUAAUAGAUUAAUGGCAAGUAGCAGCAAGAAUCCUUUAACCCGAGCACGACGUCGUGGCAACCGGGACAGCAGCGACAGCGACGAUGGCAACAAUAACCCGGCAGAGCAUGACUUGAUUAAUAAGGCGAGGGAACGUCCACGGAAAAGAUGCAGGCAUGCACUCCGGCCGAAGAAGGCAACGGAAAGCAACUCAGGCCCGACCACUCAUAUCGUUGGGGAAUGCACGAGUCCGUCCCAAAAACCAUCAGAUGGAGGUUUCUCUGUCGCUCUGGGUGAGACGCAAGAGAUCUUUGGUCGCGGAAUUCUACGUAUUCAAGCUCACGGUCCUCGACAUGCUUAUUUCAUGACAUUUCUGCCAGAUGUUGUUCACUGUCCGCCCAUACCAUCACCGUCCGAGGUGCCUCCUGAUCAGUCGUCAUGCUCUGACGGUCACUCUCAGAAUCAGACUCUACAACAAGUAGCACGCAGGAGGCGUCAUAAACGAAUUGUGUCUACAACAUGUGAAGAUGGAGAUGUGUGGUUAACCAGUCGCUCGACGAAACCGCAUCGAACCUCGCAAACUCGGGAUGAUCGCAGCGAGGCUCAAGGGAACUCCAGGAAGGGCAUGCGAUGGUCUACUGAAGAGGCGGAUCUUCUGCUGAAGUUGAGAAGGGACGAGCAACGACCUUGGUCAGAGCGAGAGUUUUCAGCGGGGCGAACCGCCAAAACCGCGCAAGCGAAGAAGACAACAAUCAACCUUGCGGCCUUCGAAAAGACCACGAGCUCCAUCUUCAUCACCUUCAAGUGCAAAUGGCUUCACCACCCUUUGUUCUCAGUUCACAUGUGUGUCACUUGA